CAAAGAAAUAACGAAAAUUUGUCUUUAUGUCAUCUAAACGCGCAAAAAGCAGCCAAUCACUAUCCGUCGCAGUUUCGCAGUUUCGCAGUUUCGCACAAUAAGAUGGUGCAAGAUGCUAAGAAAACCAGCCAACGAGCGUGUCUCAAAAGACUCGACCAUUAUCCACUUUAUAUGCAGCCGCCAGUCAAUGCCCAACCAAGGGAUGUGGACACUUUUCUUUUCGUUCUUCCAACGGGGGGAAAUGAGGCGACCCCACAGGCUGAGUCGGUGAGCGGCAAGUUAGCGGAGGGGGGGCUUUUGGUCAAGGGGCCUACCGGAAGCGGCGUGUUCCCGGUGAGAGAGCUCAUGUCACUCGCAAUGGUCGAUGAGCCGUCGUUGAAAGAAGCUCAUCCUUCAGGGUCGACGUCGAAGGGGUCGAUCAUCAAGCGCGCUGAUAAGGACUCGUGGUGUUGGAGCCGCAAUGUCUGGACGAUAGGAUAG